AUGGAGAAAAGUAUAGAAGAGAAAGAGGAAUUCGACGAGUCUGAGAUUGAGUACACGAGCUACGCCGGCGAGCAUCACCUGCCGUUGAUUAUGUCACUAGUCGACCAAGAACUCAGUGAGCCUUACUCCAUCUUCACUUACCGUUACUUCGUCUACCUCUGGCCGCAGCUCUGCUUCCUGGCGUUUCACAAAGGUAGAUGCAUAGGAACCAUAGUCUGUAAAAUGGGAGAGCAUCGACAGACUUACAGAGGUUACAUCGCCAUGUUAGUCGUAAUCAAACCUUAUCGUGGCCGAGGCAUAGCUUCAGAGCUUGUGACAAGAUCAAUAAAAGUGAUGAUGGAAUCAGGUUGUGAAGAGGUAUGCUUCUCUUGCAUUUUCACUUCUCUCUUUCUUCUGCUCUCUUAA